ACAGAAAAUCCGAGAAGACGACAAGUGAAGGCGUGAUUCACCAAACUGAAGCAGCAGCAGCUUUAGAGUUCGGAGUUCGAACUGUUGAGUGACCACGAGAACAAGAAGAAGAAGAAACAAAAAGCCAAGGGCUAGCUCUACCACACCCUUGUUCAACCAGAUGGGCACUGCUUCUUUUGAAAGGGAUCGACACGAUGUCGAUAUUGGAGGUGUUCCCUAUGUGGUAAUGGUGGAGAACCUUGAGAAGGGGAUAUCACCGUUUACAAUUAUGGAAUUUAUCCAUCAGCAAGUUUCAAUCUCAUGUCAAGUACUUGUUUCUCCAAGUUUGUCGCGUGAGGCAUAUUCAAGAGCAACCAUCACUGUGAGCAGCAAAAGGAAUCUGGACAAGUUGUCUGAGUUUUUGGAGAAUCCAAAUCACAGCAUCAUUUCCUCAGGCGGAAGGCCUUGGGUACUUACUGAGAAAUGGCCAGCACAUGAUAUUCCAUUGGCUUCAAUUCAAGCCCUCAUGGCUCACUAUCAGACUAUGUUACAGAGUAGAGAAACUGAAACUAGCAAUGAAUUGAAGGUUGUCCUCUCUGGAACUGAAGAAUACAACACAGCUAUGCUGCUGAAGGAUUUAUUCUGGGAAUUUAUUAAUCAUCAAGCUCGACUUCACCAGAGGUUACGCGCUGAAGAGGCAAAGAUCGCUCAGCUAUUUGAUGCAGAAGAGAUGUGAAGUUCUUAAAGCCUAGUUCCUAGGGGCAUUGUUAGUGUUGCAUCUGAAGGUUGUGAUGACUGAUGACAUGUAUUACGUGUUUACUUUGAACUUUCUGUAUUCCCUAAUUAUCCAACUUUAGAAUUCUUACAUUGAGUUUACUUGAUCUUCUAUU